AUGUUUCUACCGUCAUGGCGUCACAUACGUACUUCACUACGAUAUAGUCGCAUCCGAAUAAGGUGCCACUACUCACUGACAUCUUCAUUAAAUGUAUUAUCCACCGAAGAAAAGCGACAAAAACUAAGCCAAGAUAAAUUUCGUAAAGAAUUGGAGGAACGAAUUUCCAAGAUUCCUAUUGCAAACUACCGCAAUUUCAGCAUUGUAGCACAUGUGGAUCAUGGCAAGUCAACACUUUCGGAUAGACUUUUGGAGCUCACGGGUGUUAUUCAACCAGGCUCCAAGUCACAGGUGCUCGAUAAGCUAGAUGUUGAAAGGGAACGAGGCAUCACAGUUAAGGCCCAAACAGUCUCGAUGAUUUACAAUGAUCCAAAGUCCCGGGAAGAUUUUCUACUUCAUUUGGUUGAUACCCCUGGUCAUGUUGACUUUAGAGCGGAAGUUUCGAGGAGUUAUGCGUCUUGUGGUGGUGCAUUGUUGUUGGUCGAUGCGUCUCAAGGAGUCCAAGCACAAACAGUUGCGAAUUUUUAUUUGGCUUACAGCAUGGGCCUCAAAUUGAUUCCGAUUAUAAACAAAAUUGAUCUAGAUCUGGCUGACAUUCCAAGGGCCGUUGAGCAAGUGGAGUCUACUUUUGAAUUGGAUCCCAAAGAUUGUAUUCCGGUGAGCGCAAAAACCGGUUUGAAUGUGAAGGAUAUUAUCCCGUCCAUUAUAGAAAAAAUCCCAGCACCUUCGGGAGAUGUCAAUAAGCCAUUGAAAGCUCUACUUGUGGACUCAUGGCACGAUCCCUAUGUUGGUGUUGUGAUGUUGAUACACGUAGUGGAUGGUAAGUUGAAAAAGGGAAUGAGGGUGCUUUCUGCGCAUUCAAACAAAUCGUAUGAUAUCAAAGAGGUGGGAAUAAUGUACCCUGAUCGAACGCCUAUGGAUUGGAUUAAAGCUGGCCAAGUGGCAUAUGUGAUUCCUGGAAUGAAAAACCCAAGGGAAGCUUUGGUAGGUGACACAUUUUUCCAAUUGGGGAAAAGUGAAGGAUUAGAACCUCUCCCUGGUUUUGAAGAACCCAAGCCAAUGGUGUUUGUUGGAGCAUUCCCCGCUGAUGGUCGAGACUUUAAUGCAAUGGAUGACCAGAUGCAGAACUUGGUGUUGAAUGAUAGGUCAGUGACGUUGGAAAAGGAAACUUCAAACGCUUUAGGCUUGGGUUGGAGACUAGGAUUUCUAGGUUCAUUGCAUGCCUCAGUAUUCAAGGAGAGAUUGGAAAAUGAGUAUGGAGCUAAAAUUAUUCUUACUGCACCAACAGUACCCUAUAAAGUCGUUUAUCGUAAUGGAAGGGAGAAGAUUGUUACCAAUCCUGACGAAUUUCCCACCAACAAGAUCGGAAACGAAGUUGACUGCUUUAUGGAGCCGUAUGUUGAGGCUAUUAUGACAUUGCCAAAUGAAUACGUUGGAACUGUGAUGACACUUUGUUUGAAUAAUAGAGGCGAGCAAAAGGAUAUUGAGUAUUUGAACACAGGACAGGUGAUGCUAAAGUACGAGCUCCCAAUGGCGCAAUUGGUGGAAGAUUUUUUUGGCAAACUCAAGGGUUGCACCAAGGGGUAUGCCUCGUUGGAUUAUGAGGACUCUGGUUAUAAAAAAUCAGAUAUUGUCAAGAUGGAAUUGUGCGUUAAUGGUGAGCCACAAGAUGCAUUGACAACAAUCAUACACAAAUCUCAAGCAUUGACUAAAGGUAAAGAUUACGUCACAAGAUUCAAAAAAUAUCUUCGCUAUCAGUUGUUUGAAGUUGCUAUACAAGCAAAAGUCAACAAUAAAGUAGUUGCAAGAGAAACGAUAAAAGCCAAGAGAAAAGACGUUACACAGAAAUUACAUGCCGCCGAUAUCUCACGUUAUAAAAAGUUAUUGGAGCGACAAAAGGAAGGUAAAAAGCAAAUGAAGGCUAGUGGAAGAGUAACCAUUGGCAACGACGCUUACCAAACAUUUUUACGACGUGAUGAUUAA